GUGUGUGGAAUGCAGUGUGGGGCGAUAUUGGCGAGACGGAAGUUGCGUGGUCUGUCCUGCCGGGACUUAUGCAGACACAGUUGCGUCUUUGACUUGUGCAGAGUGUCCAGCUGGGAAAUAUUUGGCGGAUGACGGCGUAGAGUGGCGGUUGCACACCCUUGAAGCGGUCUGUUCGCCAUGCCCGCUGGGAACUUUCUCGAAUCGCACAGGGGUAUCAGCUUGCGAAGACUGCCCCGCGGGCAAAUUCGUGGCUUCGCAAGGUAACACGGCAUGUCAAACUUGCAAGAGAGGGGUCGCCCUCGCGCCAGGGGCGAUUCAAUGCGAGCCUUGUUCGACAGGACAAGGCCCCAGCUCCAAUCGCGAUUCUUGCGAGGAUUGCGAAUCUGGCCGUUACAGCACCGCAGGGCUUGUGUGCGAUUUAUGUGCAUCUGGCAAGUCGACGUCGCCGUUUGGUGAUGAUGGAGUGGGUGGCUACGGUGGAUACGGUGGAGGCGAUAGUGGAGGAUAUGGCGGUGGCGGUGGCGGCUGUCAGGACUGUUUCUCUGGACGGUAUUCAAGCACGGAUCGUAAAGAGUGUCUCGUUUGUCCUAAUGGAACAUAUAGCCAGGAUAUGGGAGCAGGAAGCUGUGAUCGGUGCCAGAGAGGUAAGGUUCCGGAUCUAUACAAAACGUAUUGCCAGAACUGUCAGCCAGGCACUUUCUCUUUGAGCGGGGAUGACUCUUGCACCAAUUGCCCAGGUGGCAGAUACUCACAGAACGAGGGAAGUUUCCAAUGUACACAAUGCGAUCUCGGCAAGGUGGCUCCUGCUGGAUAUGUGCAAUGUGAUUACUGCUAUCCCGGACAUAUAGCCAAUGCUGCACAGGACGACUGCGAACCGUGCGCGGCAGGGACGUACAAGAACCAAGAGAGUGACACUUCAUGCACCAGCUGUGCCGACGGCGAAGUGUCAGAAGCAGGUGGAGACUGCAUGCAAUGUCCGCAAGGCAAGUAUGCAAACUCGAAUCACACAGACUGCGAACAAUGUGCGGCUGGAACGGUUACUUUGACCUUUGGCAAGUCGGAAUGCGAGGCUUGCCCGACUGGCACGGUCGCCGCCAGUAGCACUUUCGAUUAUUUCGGGCCCCCUAACUGGAUUCACAGGCAGAUGUCCUGUGAUAACUGCAUCUGCGAGCCUUGCCCUCCCGGCAAUGUCCCAAAUUCAAACGGAACUUGCACGGAGUGCGAGGCGGGCAAGUAUGCCGGAGCUGAAAACGACGCAGCCAAAUGCAUAGCUUGUCCGUCGGGGACGUAUUCGAACGUGACUGGUUUAUCCUGGGAAGGCGGUUGCUUGGAGUGCCCUGGGAAAACUACCCCCUCUGAUGGUGCGACGAGUAUCGACAUGUGCAUUCAACCGGGCAUCAACCAGUCGUUUCAAUGUGUUCGCGGCAAAGUUUGUGCCAUCUCUGGUUUUGAGGGCGUGGGUCUGGUAGACAGUCACCAAAUGGCUGUCAAGAUGGAAGCUUGUCUAUUGCCACAGCCGGAUCCGCCG